GAGGACCUCUUGGCUGAUGGCAGGAGAGCAUGUGACACAGAGCUCACACAGUGACACAGGAAGCUGUAGAGAGGCUGGGCAGGGCCGGCCUGGCUCUUUGAUAAGAACCUGCUCCCAAGAGCAAGCCAGAGCCCCAUGAGGACUACAUCAAUUCCUUCCUAGGUCAGAGCCCCAAUGAUCUAGUCAUCAAAGGUCUCGCUGAGCUUUCCAUAUGAGAGCCGGUGGGGGGACAGACCCCACCCACACCAUAGCAGUGACCCACAAGCCUUUCUGCUUUCCUCUGUCUGCAGCAGCGCCGCUGGACCAACUGAGAAGGGCCCGGCAGAGCAACACCAUGAGUAUCUCCGCCCUGGGAGGCAGCCCCAAAGGGAAGCCUCUGCCACCUGGAGAGGAGGAACGCAAUAAUGUCCUCAAGCAGAUGAAAGUAAGAACCACACUGAAGGGCGACAAGAGCUGGAUCACCAAGCAGGACGAAUCCGAGGGCCACACUAUAGAGCUGCCUGCUGGCCGGAGUCGUGCCACGUCCUUUUCAUCACCUAGGGAGGUCUCAAAGGCCAGGUCUCCAAGGGCAAGGGCUUCCACUGGCUACAUCAUCCGGGGGGUGUUCACCAGGCCUAUAGACAGCUCAUCCCAGCCCCAGCAGCACUUCCCCAAGACCAAUGGGGCUCCAAAAAGUGCUGCUGGUCUGAUGAAAGCCGCUAAUGCUGGCCCUCUCCGCUCCUCCACCUCUGGCUACAAGAUGACCACGGAGGACUACAAGAAGCUGGCGCCCUACAAUGUCAGGCGCUGCUCCCUCUCAGGGACUGUCGAGGAGGAGGCGGAGGUGCCCUUCUCUUCGGAUGAGCAGAAAAGGAGGUCAGAGGCUGCAAGCAGUGUUCUGAGGAAGAGUGCCCCCCGUGAGCACUCCUAUGUCCUAUCAGCAGCCAAGAAGAGUGCUGGCCCUACCCAGGAGACACAGGCUCCAUUUGUUGCAAAGAGGGUCGAUGUGGUGGAUGAGGACAGGCCGGUGGAGAGGAGCCAGGAGCCACCUGCCCCGGCACAGUCUGCUCCUGGCUUCAGCAGGUCUUCUCCAGGCCACAGAGACAAGGAGGCCCCCUGCCCCAGAGAGCUCAAGGGACACUCCAUUGGUGAAGAGACCUUCAAGGGCCCCAGUACAGAUUCUGAAAGGUCACAUACACAGCUGAGCGAUGGCCCCGUGGGAUCUGGAGUCAUAGAGUCCCCACCGGAAGGCUUGGCUGGAGCAGACACUGGCUUGGAGAGCAGAGGGCUGGGCCCGGCUGCUCAAGUCACUCCUUGGCUGGACAAUCAGGAUGUUCACCAUGUCCACUCUCACUCCUGUGGGCCUGAACCAGUGGCCAUUGGCUCCAGCACCACUUCAGCCUCUAUUGUCCCGGCCAACAGGAAGAGUGACAUUGCAGCAGACCCGGAGGGCACAAAGGCAGCCCUGAAGGGGGCCUCAGUCGUUCACGAGGAGAGGAACGUGGCCACCGAGGCCGGCGAGGCCUGGCAGGAGAGGCCCGGAGCUCCAGCAUGUGGUGAGGGAGCCACAGCUGUCCCUGCUCAGCAGCAGCCCGGAGCUGUCAACUGCCCAGAGCAGCGGAGCAGCCCCAGCUGCCCUGAGGAGCUCCUGGAGCAGAAAAGCAGUGGCAGCAGGGCCUCAGUCGUUCACGAGGAGAGGAACGUGGCCACCGAGGCCGGCGAGGCCUGGCAGGAGAGGCCCGGAGCUCCAGCAUGUGGUGAGGGAGCCACAGCUGUCCCUGCUCAGCAGCAGCCCGGAGCUGUCAACUCCCCAGAGCAGCGGAGCAGCCCCAGCUGCCCUGAGGAGCUCCUGGAGCAGGAAAGCAGUGGCAGCAGGGUAGAAAGUCCCUCAAGCUGUGUGGUUGCUGUUACCGUUGGUGCCAGUUCUGAGCAGCCUGACGUUUAUAUUCCAGCCCCACCGAGUGACUUGGACUCUGGCUCAAGCACCAAAGGGAUUCUCUUUAUGAAGGACUACGUGAAUGCUAGCAAAGUGUCUUCUGGGAAGUUGGCGUCUUCCUUCCAGGGCAGGGUUAGCAGCACUGAGGACUCAUCUGACAUGAAGAAGCCCCUGUAUGACGGCACUCCACUCACGGAGAGAACCGCUGGAGGGAUCUGCACUUACUGCAGCCGCGAGAUUGGAGACUGUCCGAAGAUUACCCUGGAACACCUUGGCAUCUGCUGCCAUGAGUAUUGCUUUAAGUGUGGCAUCUGCAGUAAGCCCAUGGGCGAUCUCCUGGAUCAGAUCUACAUUCACCGUGACACCAUCCACUGUGGAAAAUGCUAUGAGAAGCUCUUCUAGCUCCUCCUGGCUGAUCAGAAGCUAAUGAUUCCUGGACAGAUUUGGUCACCCCAAGUUGCGGGUUCCUCUUCCCUUACUUCCCUCUGAUUUCUUCAUCCUCUUGCCCUUCUUAGGUUGAGCUUGCUUACAUCCAGUAUCAUAGCUUAAUGCGCCAUGAUGAUUCCUUAUGUGUGUAGCUUUUAUUGCUUAGUGCUUUACAUCCAUGAUCUCAUUUCAGGCUAGGUCAAAGGAUUGAGCCAGAAUCCUAUCUUGGCUUCCCUAAGACAAAUUGGCUUUCUAAUGAGUAGAGGUGGCCUGGCAUGUUGGGCACAGGCAGAAGUGUGGACUUUAGUGUGCACUGGGCCCCUUGAGGCUUCUGAGGGACUGAGUUAAAGACUGUUGACGAUCCCCAGUGGGUAAAUGACAGGCAUUAGAUGCUGAGGGUUGGCGUAGGCUAAUAUUUAGCUUGUAUAAUUGCCAUAUAUAUUUUUAAUUUUCCACACACUCUUUUAGCGUAGUUAGUUGUUUUUAAUUGAAUUCUGUACAACAGGUUUUAAUUACCUUCUCCUGUCCACCGUUCACUGAGUCUGAGCUUUCCCUGCAGGUAUGUGGGGAUGCAUUAGAAAGUGUAUACAGUAGGGUUAAAUUCUUCAGGGCAUGAUUUCAGGAGGCUCCUGACCAGAGGGCUGUUGAGUCUUGCUAGCUGAUUAGUAUCUUUGUCCUAGGGCCUUGCUUCUUGAGUUAUCCACAGG